AGCGAUCGGUGGAGUUUACCAGGGCUAACCCUGAGAGAAGCGAUCGGUGGAGUUUACCAGGUCUAACCCUGAGAGAAGCCAUCUGUGGAGUUUACCAGGUCUAACCCUGACAGAAGCGAUCGGUGGAGUUUACCAGGGCUAACCCUGAGAGAAGCGAUCGGUGGAGUUUACGAGGGCUAACCUUGAGAGAAGCGAUCGGUGGAUAUGCGCGUGUAUUUUUUAACUUGCCUGGAAACUGUUUUUAAACUCCAUUCUGUUUUGGAUUGAUUGUAUGAUUAUGUAAGAAAGUUAUAAGCAAGAAGGAUGGAAAUUCCUGUACAGAUGUCACCCAAUUCAUCAUACUGAAUUAAGGAAGAUGUAUAAACCUACAUUGAGGUAUUAAAUCAACAAAAAAAAAAGAUCCUAUAGAUAGUAUUUGUAUUUUUUUUUUAAUAAAGGGGAUUUCCAGGAUGCAACAUAAUGACAGUAGUCAUCUCAGUGGAUAACAUUUUGUUUUGUUUUUGGUUUUGCUUUUUCAGAACUGAAAUAACUGAAAAUAAAUAAUAGCAAGUUUUUUUUUUUGUUUGUUUGUUUUUAACUUUAUUUAGAAUCCAGAACAUAAGCAUAUUAUUCCCCUGGUUGAAAAUAAAUAAUUAUAACAGGUUUCUGUGUGCAGUUUGUGCGCUAAACGUGAAGGCGCCUCUAUCCAUGAACCAUAAUAAGCAACCGUAUAAUGGCUAGUCGAAGUUGCUGCUGCUGCAGUUUGGGUCCAUUAAACGAGGAUAACGCGAGAUUCUUUCUGCUGGCACUCUUGAUCAUCCUCUACCUCCUCUGUGGUGCCGCUGUCUUUUCAGCUCUGGAGCAGCCGAAAGAAAAGCAGGCAAAAGAGAAGUGGGCGCAAAAGUUUGACAAUUUCACGCAAAAGUACAAUCUUAGAAGGGCUGAGCUAGUGAACUUCCUGCGGGAUUAUGAAGAAGCCAACGUUGCUGGGAUCCGUGUGGAUCACAUUCGACCUCGCUGGGAUUUUACUGGAGCGUUUUAUUUUGCGGGGACCGUAGUUUCAACUAUAGGAUUUGGAAUGACCACGCCUGCAACGAUUGGAGGGAAAAGCUUCCUGAUAUUUUAUGGCCUUAUCGGAUGUGCAGCUACCAUUCUGUUCUUUAACCUGUUCCUAGAACGCCUGAUCACGGUCUUGGCGUACAUCCUCAAGUUAUGCUAUGAGAGGCAGCGGCGGUGGAAAGGUGGGAUGCCCCAGGACAACAGAAGGAACUCCGGCAGCUCAGAAGAGGGAGACAGCCUUGCUGGGUGGAAGCCCUCUGUUUAUUACGUCAUGCUCAUCCUGUGUGUGGCAGCCAUUAUCAUCUCCUGUUGUGCCUCUGCCAUGUACACGGACAUUGAGGGCUGGACCUACUUUGACUCACUUUAUUUCUGCUUUGUGGCCUUUAGCACAAUUGGGUUUGGGGAUCUGGUCAGUAGCCAACACAUGAGGUACGAGAACCAAAGCCUCUACAGGUUGGGUAAUUUUGUCUUCAUUCUCAUGGGGGUCUGUUGCAUUUACUCUUUAUUUAACGUCAUAUCCAUAGUUAUAAAGCAAAUUCUGAACUGGAUUUUAAGGAAGCUAGACUGCCGCUGCUGCCAUCGGUGCCGACGAAAGGUGUUCAGGUCUCGAAGGAACGUUGUGAUGCCUGGUAACUUCCGGAGCAGGCGGAAUAACUCCAUUGAGACAGACAUAAUCCACGAGAGCGAGACAGACGGCCGCAGGAUGUCUGGUGAGAUGAUCUCAAUGAAGGACUUCUUGGCUGCUAACAAGGUGUCCCUGGCCAUCAUGCAAAAGCAGCUUUCAGAGACAGCCAAUGGUAAUCCAAGGCAAUCAGGCUCCAACUCUCGACACAAUGGCUUUUCAGGGGGAGUAGGGGCCCUCGCAAUCAUGAACAAUAGACUGGCAGAGACCAGUGUUGACAGGUGACAAAUGUGUAACAUAUGGAAAUUGUACAUGAAGUAUAAUCUCAAAUCUUCACCUGCUGUUUGUAACUUUGCUGUGAGUGUUUGUGAGUGUUUUAUUGCGUGUUGUAUGUGGAUGGAAGUAAGGUUAAAAAAAAAAACCCAGCAAUCUAGCUUUGCUGCUGGCAGUAAAAUUGCCCUUGACUCAUCCCA